CGACGCUAAUCAUUCAAUGCUGUCAUAGCUUUCUUUCAUACUGAACCGCGAAGAUCAUCACUUCAUACAAUUUCAAACAUUUAGUUAAGUUUUAAUACAUCUUUAAAAUGCAACGCGGAAGAGGCUCGGAAUAUAGAGGUGGUGGAGGAGAACGCGGAAGAAGUUCUGAAAAUAGAGGAGGAGACAGAGGUAGACGUGGAGGCGGUAAUGGUGGUGGCGGCGGCGGCGGUUAUCGUGGCAACCGCGGUGGUGGUGAUGGUGGCGGCGGCGGUUAUCGUGGCAACCGCGGUGAUGGUGGCGGCAACCGUGGCUGGCAACCUCGCGGCGGCGGUGGUGGCCAACGUGGUGGUCCACGCGGUGGUGGAGAACGUAGCACUGGCACGUAUCGUGGGCGCGGUGAUGGACUUGGCUGUUAUCCUGCCUCUGAAUCAUCUAGUUCUGGUGGUUUGCCAUCAACAGCAAGUUGGGGACGUUCUCAUCAGUCUGAUGAGUCCCUUUCUAGUGGAAUUAUGAGUGGUUCUUCCAGUUCAAACGUUGGUCAAAGUCGUGACAACACUGAGGCAACAACUAUUGCUGCAAUUGACCAAUUACGUGGAGGUGUGCGGGGUAAACGUGUUUUAACUGACGUUAUACAACACACUCGACCAGUGUCGUGCGUAAAUAAACAAGGUGCAGUUGGUCGUCCAGUUAUGGUUCAGACUAACUAUUUUCGUCUAUUAAAAACACCGGAAUGGGUUAUACAUCAGUACCGUGUUGAUUUUGCACCAGAAGUCGAUUUGUUACAUGUACGUCGUGGAAUGAUAGGACAGCAUAAAGAUUUGUUUGGAGGUUACGUUUUUGAUGGUACUUUGUUAUUUUCAACACAAAAUUUGAAAAGUAUAAUGGUAAAUGAUGUCCAUGAGAUACUAACAAAGGAUCGUGCAGAAAACACAGUACAAAUUAAAAUUAAACAUGUUGGCAUAGUAGAGUCGACUGACAUGCAACAGAUGCAAGUACUCAACUUGAUUUUACGUCGAUCUAUGGAAGGCUUGAAACUACAACAAUUGAAUCGAAAUUUCUUUGAUCCAGUAGCUAAAAUACGCAUUGAGAAUUUCCGUUUGGAAAUUUGGCCGGGAUACAUUACCUCGAUUCGUCAGCAUGAGCUGGAUGUAUUGAUGUGUGCUGAAAUCGCACAUAAGGUUUUACGCACUGAUACAAUUUACAACAUUUUGACUCAAUUAGUGAAAGAGUCGUCAGAUUAUCAGAACGCAUUUAAGGCAGAAGUAAUUGGCAUGGUAGUAAUCACUGAUUACAACAACAAAACAUACCGUGUGAGUGAUGUAGAUUUUGGUAUGUCGCCCAGAUCCACUUUCAAACAAAAGGAAAAAGAUGUCACAUUCGCAGAUUACUACAAACAACGUUACAAUCUCACAAUUCGCGAUUUGAAUCAACCUCUCUUGAUAUCGAAGCCUACCGAAAAAAAUAUUAGAGGUGGUCAGGAUGAUUUAAUAAUAUUAGUUCCAGAAUUGACACGUGCUACUGGCCUGAAUGAUACUAUGCGUGCGGACUGGAGAUUAAUGAAAGCAAUACAUGAGCAUGCUCGUUUAAAUCCAGAUCGUCGUAUUGAGCGUUUGAGAGUUUUCAAUGAACGUUUGCAGCGUUCGGCGGAUAGUAUGAACGUUAUGAAAGCUUGGGAUGUAACCCUGGAUAAAAAAUUACUUGAAGUUCCUGCUCGCGUUUUGAAUUCAGAAAAAAUAUUGUUUGGCCGAAAUGCAAAGUAUGAGUGCGAUGAAAAAGCUGAUUGGUCUCGUGAAUUCCGAUCCAAUCAGAUGUAUGCACAAACGGAUAUUAAACGCUGGUUCGUAAUCGUUACUGGACGAAAUGUACGUGAAGCUCAGAAUUUCGUCAAAACGUGUCAACGGGUAGCUGGCGGCAUGAAGAUGCAAAUUGAUGAACCAAACUAUAUCGAAAUGAAGGAUGACAGAAAUAAUUCUUAUGCUUCAGCUAUAGAUGUUGCUGCAUCUCAGGAUCCGCAGAUCAUUAUGGCGGUACUUUUCAGUCCCAACGAAGAAAAAUAUGCUGUAAUUAAGAAAAAGUGUUGCGUUGAUAGAGCAGUUGCUUCACAAGUUGUGACUAUGAAGGUUAUUGCACCACGCCCAGAAAAGUCGGCUGGUCUAAUGUCAAUAGCAACGAAGGUUGUCAUUCAAAUGAACGCUAAAUUGCGCGGAAUUCCAUGGAUGAUUGAUAUGCCUAAUCUUGGUAUUAUGACAUGCGGUUUUGAUGUAUGUCAUUCAACUAAAAAUAAAAAUAACUCAUAUGGCGCAUUUGUUUCAACAAUGGACAUAAGGAAAUCUUCGAGAUAUUAUUCAUCAGUCCAAGAACAUGUAAAAGGCCAAGAAUUAUCAAAUUAUUUAACGCUAAGUGUAGCGAACUCUUUACGAGCAUAUCUGGAGGAGCAUCAAUGCUUGCCUGAACGUAUAGUAUUUUAUCGCGAUGGAGUUGGUGAUGGUCAGCUGCACCAAGUUGUAAACCAUGAAGUUAAAGCUCUAGUCAAUAGAUUAGACGAAAUAUAUAGUAGCAAGGGAAGUGCACCACCACGCUUUGCAUUUAUAGUUGUAUCCAAAAGAAUCAAUACGCGAUACUUUCUUAAAGGUCGCAAUCCUCCACCUGGUACCGUUGUGGACGAUAUUAUUACUUUACCAGAGCGUUAUGACUUUUAUUUAGUGUCGCAGUCUGUAUUCCAAGGUACAGUCUCUCCUACCAACUAUAACGUUAUACACGAUACAACAGGCUUCAAGCCAGAACAUAUUCAAAUGCUUAGUUACAAAAUGACUCACAUGUAUUAUAAUUGGGCUGGUACCUGCCGCGUACCUGCAGUGUGUCAAUAUGCUCAUAAAUUGGCAUUCUUGGUAGGUGAGAACAUCAUGCGUGCUCCAUCUACUGCACUCGAGAAGAAUUUAUAUUUCUUGUAAGAAAUAAAAAAAAACAUUCUGUAUAUAUAUAUCUAUAUACAUAUAUAUAUAUCUAAUAUUAAGUACAUUUUUUCUUUAUAAUUCCAUUUAAUUUUUAUUUUAUAUUAGUUGACGGCGCUAAAGACGCUUCAAAUUUACUUUUUAUUUAAUUUGUUGCACACUGAGGUAACAUAAGUGCUAAAAUAAUACCUCAUACUUGAGUUUAAUGAACAAACUUUUGCUAACUAUUUGCUUUAAUUUGAAUAUUUUUUUAUAAAAAACAAAACAAAAAACAAAUGAAAUAUCAAAAAUUUGAAUUUAAUUCAAACAAAAACAUUUAGAUUCCAUUUUCGUUUGGUGUACUUUACCUCACAACUCGAAUGUUGUAGAUAUUUUUCCUAUGAGGACAUUCCAUAUGUUCCUGAAAUAAUUUACCAAAAUAUGAAUCUGUUUUUGUUUAAAGAUUUUAUAGAAUAAGAAUAAAUAUUAUCGUAUCCAUUAAGUUUAUUUUUGCGAAUUGAUUUACUUUUAUAAAUUCAUUAUAAUUUUGUAAAUUCAAUACACUUUUUUAUUAUCAUUACAUUUUAUAAAUUUUUUGAAUAAACUAUUAAC